AUGUCGUCAAAGCGGCAUCGCGUUGUUUUCGUCGCAGCUCUUACUACACUAUUUUUCUUCUACCUCCAAAGCCAAACAGGCCGAACAUCAUCAUCAUGGUUAUCACAUCCCGAAAAAGACGUUGACUGGUCGCAUUUCGCGUACACACAAUAUGUCACCAACAGCCAGUAUUUGUGUAACUCACUUAUGUUCUUUGAAGCUUUGAAGCGUCAUGGAAGCCGACCUGAUCGUGUUAUGAUGGUCCCUGAAAGCAUGCUCGAGCCAGAGAUGGUCAACUCAAGUGAUGCGUAUCUGUUGAACAAAGCGCGCGAUGAGUACAACGUCAAGCUUGUUCCGAUUACCAUUCAGACUAACUGGGCGGGUGAUGCUACGUGGGCAGACUCAUACACCAAGCUUCUGGCAUUUAACCAGACGAAUUACGAUCGUGUGCUGUCCAUAGACUCAGAUUCUCUCCUCUUACAAGCCAUGGACGAACUGUUCUUCCUGCCAGAUGCACCUGUGGCGAUGCCUCGAGCAUACUGGAUAUCACCAGAGAAGAUCCUUUCAUCACAACUCAUGCUCAUCCAGCCUUCAGAGGUAGAGUUCUCCCGCAUCAUGGAAAGAGUACAGUCCGUAAAGUCUGGCGAGUACGACAUGGAAAUUAUCAACCAGCUGUAUGGCGAUAGCGCCUUGAUCUUUCCCCACCGCCGCUAUGAUCUCCUCAGUGGGGAAUUCCGUAACGACAAGCAUGCGCACUACCUUGGUUCAGAGCUUGAAACUUGGGACCCUGCUGCGGCGUAUAGCGAGGCCAAGCUAAUUCACUUUUCGGAUUGGCCGCUGCCAAAACCUUGGAAGCUUAUGCUUGAGGACGAUAGACUUGCGGCACAACCAAAUUGUACACAAAGAACAAGCGGCGAAGAGGAUUGUACUGCAAGGAUAAUUUGGAACUCGUUAUAUACUGACUUUAGAGAGAAGAGAAAGAAUUUGAGAGAUCCAGAGAGCGGAAAUCUGAAUGGUGAUUUGUUCAGUAACCGGGAUAUCGCACAUAACGAAUACAUCAUGAAUACCUUCAAAAACAUCACCCAGAAACUCAAGGAGCUUCGAAAACCCCCCCAACCCAGAGCUGUGGACCGCUGUAGCAACAGGAUUGUAGAUGUCGUGACGGAAAGCUUUUGGCCUAACAUCCGGAAGCACAUCCUCGCCGACGAUCCGAACGCUACACCGAUCAAAGCCCUCUGUCCCGUGUGCUGGGACGAACUACACGUAACGUGUAUCUCCUCCCCCGAUGACAAAUUCAAAACCGGUCUUGUUGCGCCUUGCGGCCACAUCAUGUGCCCUGCAUGCUGGCCACGCAAGAUUUCUGACCUAUCACACACUCUCUUUGAAGAGUGCCGCAAGUGCCCUGUCUGCCAGACUCUACUCGAAUGUUUCAUCUGCCAUAAGGCUUGCGACAAGGUGGCAAUUCCCAGGUUUGGUGGGAGGGCUAGUAUCGAGUCUUUUCGUGAGACAGCCCCGGAGUGCGAACGGGAGUACCGCCCUUACUGUAAGGACUGUGCUAAGCCUUACCAUCAGAAAGGAGAUGGUUUUUGGUUUGACGGCCCCGAGGAUCGGGGAAGCAUGAAUCGCUCUUGA